AUGUCUAAAGGUGGCUGGUGGGCCUGGUCCACGAAGAAGAAGGUCCUACUCUUCUCUGCUCUUGGCUUGAUAAUUGUCGCGAUUGGCGUUGGUCUCGGUGUUGGCCUGGGAAUCGGCCUGAAUCAUGGCAGCGACGACGGCAACGAUGAAGGCAGCGGCAGCGGAAGUGGAAGUGGUAGCGGGGGAAAUGAUACAAGCUCGGGCAACACCACUGUGAAAUGGCAACCGGCAGUUGGCGUCAAGUGGCAGAUCGAGCUCCUUUACCCGCUGAACAACACCAAGAUCGACGCGGACGUCUAUGACAUUGACCUCUUUGACAAUCCCAAAUCCACCAUCUCCAGCCUGCAAGCUAUGAACCGCAAGGUGAUCUGCUACUUUUCCGCCGGUACCUACGAAAAUUGGCGCAGUGAUGCCGACGACUUCACCAGCUCGGAUAAGGGAUCUAACCUUGACGACUGGCCCGGUGAGCGCUGGCUCGACACCAAUUCCAAAAAUGUGCGCAAAAUCAUGCAGACGCGCCUGGAUCUGGCCAAAGACAAGGGAUGUGACGGAGUCGACCCCGAUAACAUCGACGCUUAUGACAACUCAAACGGCCUGAAGCUGACACAGGAUGAUGCUAUCGACUUUGUCAACUGGCUCGCAGGGCAGGCUCACAGCCGAGGAUUGUCUGUUGGACUCAAGAACGGUGGUGCAAUCAUUGGUUCCGUCAUCAAGAAUAUGCAAUGGUCUGUCAAUGAGCAGUGUGCUCAGUAUACGGAAUGUGAUACAUAUGCCGCUUUCACGGAUGCGAAAAAGCCUGUUUUCCACAUUGAAUACCCUAAGGGAGAUGACACUAAUAAUGAUGAUGAAGUCACGACUAAGCAGAAGUCAUCUUCUUGCGAUGCUGACAGCGCCUCCGACUUCUCCACUGUCAUUAAGAACAUGGACCUGGACAACUGGGUGGAAUACUGCUCCUGA